CCUACCUACCUGCAGGGAUUCAACGAACGAUCCUCCAAACCUCAACUUCAGUUCUCAGCUUACGUUGCUGCCCCAAGCUCCAACGAGACUGCGGCACAUACUCCGUAUAAAACGAAGAAACCUCCAUCCAUCCCAGCCCUAACCAUGAGUUCCGAGGCCAAGACAGCCCCGUACGGCGAAUGGCAGAGCCCCAUCACGGCCGAGCUCGUGUCGGGGAGCAACAACACGUUCAAUGAAGUCCAUGUCGAUCCGGCCAGCGGCGCAACGUACCUCGUGGAGGGGCGCCCCGCAGAGAGCGGACGAUGCGCGAUCGUCAAGAUCGACGGCGCCGAGAGCAGCGAUGUCCUGCCCUCCCAGUACAACGCGCGCAGCUUGAUCCAUGAAUAUGGCGGAGGCGCCGCUGCCAUGGGCCACGACGGAGGCCUCAUCGUCACAGAUGCGAACACCCAGGGCGUCUUCCGUCUCAAAUCAGGUGACGUCCAGCCCAUCGUGGAAGCCAAAGCUGAAGUCCGCUACGGCGAUUUCGACGUCCACCCCAAGGAUGCUAAAUGGGUACUUGCGGUUCAAGAAGUGCAUAAGGCGGAUCAUGAGAUUGACAACAAAGUUGUUGUUAUAGAUGCGGAUGCCAAGACAAGCAGCGUCCUCUGCGAGGGGGCGGACUUUUAUUCCGAUCCCAAGUUCAGUCUCGAUGGCAAGUGGAUCAGCUGGGUCCAGUGGAAACACCCCGAUAUGCCAUGGACGGGGAGCGAGCUGUACAUCGCAACGUGGGAGGAUGGGAAGAUCGGACAGCCCAGAUUCGUCGCGGGGAAAGCUGGCAAGGAAAGCGUUGCGCAGCCGAAAUGGCACACGAAUGGCGGGCUCCUGUUCUCAAGUGAUCGGACGGGAUUCCCACAGCUCUAUAUCUUCCAUCCGUCUUCAAGUGAGGCGAGGAAGAUCGAGAUCAAAGGCUUCGAGGAUGCCGAAAUCGCGCCUGCGGGCUAUCGCAUCGGAUACUCCACAUACAUCGAGUUGAACCCAGAAACUCUUGUUGUCGCUUUUACCAAGAACGCCGUAGACGGGCUUCUUCUGGUAGGUAUUGAUUCCGGAAAGGUCGUGCCAGUGCCCCUCGAUCUGGUCGAGAUCCAGCCGGCCUCUGUCCGCAGAAUUUCCAACACACGGUUCACAGCCGUUGGCAGCAAGGCCACCUUACCAGCGGCCCUGUACCAUUUCGACGUGGAGUCCAACGUGGAGACUGUCCUCCGCUCAACAACAUCCAUAGCCUUACCCCAAUCCAUCUUCUCCAAAGCCGAAGCCAUCUCCUUCCCACGGACUUACGGCAAGGACAAAACCGGCACCUCCCAUGCCCUCUUCCUCCCACCUCACAACCCCUCCUUCUCCGCUCCCCCAGGCUCCAAGCCGCCGCUCAUCGUCUCCAUCCACGGCGGUCCAACCGGGCACGUAGCCCCGGGCCUCUCGCUCACAUCUCAAUACUGGACUUCUCGCGGGUUCGCCUACGUGUACGUGAACUAUGCCGGCUCGACCGGGUACGGACGCGCGUACAUUGAGAGUCUCAACACGCUCUGGGGCGUGCAGGACGUCGACGACGCGGCCAGCUGUGUGGCGUUCCUAGCUGAGAAGGGCUGGGUCGACGGGUCCAGGGUCGGCAUCACGGGAGGGAGCGCGGGCGGCUAUACGGUUCUCCAAGCACUGUGUACGUACCCCAAACUAUGGGCGGCGGGCAACAGCUCGUACGGCAUCGGGAACCUGAAGUCGCUGGCGGACAUGACGCAUAAAUUCGAGUCGCAUUACCUGUUCGCGCUGGUGUUUCCGGAGGGCACGCCGAAGGAAGAGCAGGAGAAGGUGUAUUGGGAGAGGAGCCCUUGUCAUCAUGCGGAGAAGAUUGAAAGCCCAUUGUUGCUGUUGCAGGGAGCCUUGGAUAGGGUUGUGCCACUCGAUCAGGCAGAGGAGAUGGAGAGGGUUUUGAAAGAGGGGAAAAAAGACGUCAAGCUUGUGGUGUUUGAGGGCGAGGGGCAUGGCUUCAGAAUGCAGAAGAAUGUGAAGAGAGCGAUAGAGGAGGAAGAGUCGCUGUGGAAGAGAACGUUGCUUAGAUAGAUGAGAAGGCGAGAAAAUCUGGAAAUCUGGAAAUCUGGAAACCUGGUGGAUACGAGGAGGAGCUAUUUUGGCCCUGGAAAGGACAGGGAAGCAUUGUUUGCCAGACCACGUAAUCUGUUCCCGUACUGAGGAGCGCGAUUGAGAUCAGACAAUGCAACUUAGACAUGAGCCAGACAAGAUAUCCGCAUUCGUUCUUAUUUCUUGGUGCUAUAGGCCCAUAACCAUCCCGCCAACUCUCACCUAGCGAUGAAUUUAUGACUUGAGUUGAAAUUCGUAACUU